AUGAGCCCACAACCAACAACAACCCAGACAACCACCACAAAGAGCCCACAACCAACAACAACCCAGACAACCACCACAAAGAGCCCACAACCAACAACAACUCAGACAACCACCACAAAGAGCCCACAACCAACAACAACUCAGACAACCACCACAAUGAGCCCACAACCAACAACAAUCCAGACAACCACCACAAAGAGCCCACAACCAACAACAACCCAGACAACCUCCACACCAAGCCCACAACCAACAACAACCCAGACAACCACCACAAAGAGCCCACAACCAACAACAACCCAGACAACCACCACAAAGAGCCCACAACAAACAACAACUCAGACAACCACCACAAAGAGCCCACAACCAACAACAACCCAGACAAUCACCACAAAGAGCCCACAACCAACAACAACCCAGACAACCACCACAAAGAGCCCACAACAUACAACAACCCAGACAACCACCACAAAGAGCCCACAACCAACAACAACUCAGACAACCACCACAAAGAGCCCACAACCAACAACAACCCAGACAACCACCACAAAGAGCCCACAACCAACAUCCCAGACAACCACCACAAAGAGCCCACAACCAACAACAACCCAGACAACCACCACAAAGAGCCCACAACCAACAACAACUCAGACAACUACCUCAACAAGGAAAACAAGUACAACCAGUCCUAACCUGGAAAUAUCAAAAGAACAUCGAAAAAGCAAAAUUUUCAAGUAG